GUCAGAUUUAGUACCGCGAACAAGCUCCUCUCAGCAACCCCUCAUCACAACUCAUUCAUCCAUAAUUUACACGUUUUCCAACAUGUACUUCAAGUCCUUCGUCGCCCUGAUCGCGGCCAGCGCCGUAUCCGCAGCACCUGCGAUCAAGCUCGCGAGAGACGACGUUCAGCCCUGGCAGAUCACCCGACUCUACACCCAUACGCCCUCUGGACGUCCAGGAAAUGACCCUCAUUCUACCCUUAACAUCACCAUCACCGACCCCAACACUAUCCCCGUAGGCCAAUCUCCCACCGGCCAAGCCGUCUUCCCUCCUACUUCCGCCAACUGCUCGCUACAGUAUUUGACAAACGAAGACGUUCCAUGGGGCGUUGAGCAGUCGUGCACCACCGAUGACAACACUAAGACAUACUCCACGUGGAGUUUCACAAUCAACAAGCCUGCGGAGGGUGCCGCUUAUGCAUCCGAAAACUUUGACCUGUCCUUCAAGCUCGUCGACUAUGUUCACCUUCCCGGCCAGGAGGUCACCAAGACGUUCACUGGUGGUGAUCACUUCGAGGUCGGUGACAACAUGAGCGGACAGUGUGGUGGAAGCGGUGUGUGCAAUUGGAAUCUGAACGAUACCCCUUAUGACAUUCAGCAAACAGAGGCGGAGGCUUGAUAACUUGACGAUUAACAUGACGACCAAAGACAUGAGAGGAGUAGGUAGGGUUCCAAGGGUAUCUACCAGAGCUAAGUAGACGGAAGCUGAAGUCUCAUACUGAAAGAGAACUGGGCUGAGAACCCCUUCAGAAUAGCCGCAUAUUUGAGAGACGGUGUCUACAAAAUUUUCCUGUUCUCUAUAGCGAUGCGAAAGCAUUGCAUGUCAGCUUCUAAGCUAGAAGGAACGCGGCACAGAAGCUGAGUCGUGUUUACCGCAGAUAGGAUGGAUCAAAAUGAGUAUGAUAUCGGUGGUGCUUGAAAGUCCAUGAAGAGAUCGUCGCUUGCUGAUGGUAGAUUAAUACCGUCUGCAUCUCGGCUCUAUUGAUGAACAUUGCUUCUCAUUAGUGCAGUGUUGUACAACGUUGCGCAUGACCGUCUCUUUGAGGUAAUGUCCCACACUGCGUCGCGAAUCACACAGUGUCGCG